CCCCACUUAUAGGCCCCCCCUGUCCACCAUGGUUCACGAACCCCAGCAUGGCAGGCGGUGUCAGCCGGCAGAUCCAUCGCAACGGACUCCAGCGUGCACCCACUCAACUCACUCCCAUCGCUCGCUCACUCGGCAGUCACCAACCAGGCUGGGAUGAGUUGCUGUCUGAACUGCUAACUGACGACGACAAACAACCACAUUCAAAACAACGAUUUACAACCACCACCACAACAACAGAACGACGGCAAAUUCAUUCUCUUGAUCCUUGCACACUAAGCUUCGGUCCAAAAACAACCCCUCAAAAUGGCCGAUGUUGCAGAGGAGGCGCCUUCCGUUUCGGAGCCCCUCGAUCUCGUCCGCCUGCUGCUCGACGAGGUUGUGUUUGUGAAGCUGAGGGGAGACCGUGAGCUCAAGGGUCGGCUCCACGCUUACGACAGCCAUUGUAACCUCGUCUUGGGGGAUGUGGAGGAGACGAUAUACGUGGUUGAAGACGAGGAGAACGACGAAGAAGUCAAGACUAUCAGCCGGAAAUCCGAGAUGCUUUUUGUUAGAGGUGAUAGCGUUGUGCUCAUCUCCCCUCAGUCACGGAUUCACUGAAAGUGGCAAUAUCCAUGCCUUCAGCGCGUCCAACCAUGAAGCACUUGACGAUCAAGCCUACACUCAGUGCCAUUAUUGCUCAUGCUACCCGACCAGGUUUCUGAACAGAUGAGCAUUUAGCCUUAGCCCUGGAUCCCAUCGCCGAACUGUUCGCUGGAGGUGCCAACGAGAACGCGCUCUUGGCUGCUUUUGGCCCAUCCGAAUCAAGACCUGAUCACAUGGGUCUGGCAAUGGAGUGUAUGGGAAGGUCCAUUACUGGUUAGCUACAACAGAGGAGUACACUCCUUCCAAAAAGGGUCGUCAAAGGGACCUUCAGAGAUUGCGGCUUGGUGCGAGCCACCGUUUCGUCUGAAGAAUACUGACAACUAUAAAGGCAAAAGAAAAAAAGACACGAAUAUAUUUAAGAAACAAAUGUAAAACCAA